AUGUCGGACUUUUUGGGCCGUGUUGGUCAAAUCGCUGAAUGGGCUGCUGUAUCAAAUCUUACUAAUCGUGCUGUUAAUGCAGGAUGUGACAAAGUGGGAGAAUUAUGGCGACAUCGGAAAGACAAUAAACAUGGAUCUCAUGGUAAAUCAGCUAAUGUGGCUUCGACACCGCAGAUGCCACCACAAUCACAAAUGCCAUAUUCACCAAGCCAACCUCAACAAGCAUCCUAUGCUCAGGCUUCGCCGAUGCCACCGCCGCCAUCUAUGGGAAACGGUCAAUUAUUAAUUAGCGUUCAACAUAUCGAUGGAUUAAAUCAAUCGAGCCCGCUCAUGGUCAUUCUUGAAUGUAAUCAUCAACGAUAUCAAACGUCGUUAGGUCAGUAUCAACAGCAGUUUACGUUUCCUGUUUAUCAGUUUGAGUACGAUCAGCUGUUCGUUUGGGUCCAAACGGAAUAUCAACAACAAACCAUUGCUCACGGCGAGGUCCCCGUACGAUUUUUAUUAAACAAUACCAAUACUUGGUCCCCUCAACAACAACAGCAACGUUGGAUCCCAUUGCGAGAUCAAUAUAAUGGACCAUGUGGACAAUUACUCGUCAAUAUCGAAUACAACGCUAAUUAUGCACCAUCUCCUUACAUGCCGGGACCUGCACCACCACCAUAUUCUUACUACUAA